UGCAGCCAAGAGUGUUACGGAAUUCAACUUUCCGUGGCUGCCCGGUGGAAAAGAAUGCCAUUAUAACUUUCAGCAAACAUUUUUUUCCUCAAACGUGAUUAUUUAUUUAUUUUUACGUGGGAGGAGAUUGACUGUCCCAGCUGAGGACCCGUAAAAAUAUACUGGUGAUCAUUUUGUUGUUAGCUAACUAUUUAGCAUGCCAGCGUCGUUGCCUUUUAAACUAGCAUUGCCCACUUGCUAAAUUUUGUUUGGAAUAAUUCAAUCAGUUGCGAUUCUAUUUUAUCACACAUCAAGCUAGCUAGUUAUGUUCUGAGCUUUUAGCAUUGUGGUCCUCGUUAACAUUUUUAGCCACUUUUAAUUCAGUUAGCGUUAUUUACUUGCGCCAGCAUAGUUAUCUAAAAUUAACCCACACUUUACCUGUUAUUUGCAUAGCCAGCGUUAUCAAAUUAUAGUAAUUUAGUUAUUUUCUUUACCGAUGCCAUACGAGUUUGUUUUACGCACAUGAAGUAUCUAGCUAACUGGCUACUUAGCGAGCUAAUUUGGUAAUUAGCUACACUAGCUAGCGCGACCUGGUGUUCUGUGAACGAUGCACACUGGUCCUGGCGCUGCCUUUUCCAGUCUGUGAAAACAAUACUCUUGUUUUGAUAAGCCCCUUUGAACCACCGCAAGUGUGAUUUAUUUACGUAUGACUCUAGCUAGAAAGGUGUUCGGACAUUUUGUUUGGUCUUUAUUUAUUUUGCAUUAUUUUGAAUGCAUAUUUUAUUCGCCGGACAGAACGCUUUUCUUCUUGUUUUAGCGUGAGGCGCUGUCUGCCAGUUCCAUAGUUAGUGGAUGUGUCCGUUGCUUUUUUCCCUCUGUAUGUUUCUUAGGGCUACACAGCUAGCUUGCCAGUUGCUUAGUUAGCAGCAUUUAUUCGCUAGCUUACCGUGGUUAUUGACAUCGGCGAGCAGCACAAACCGUUUAUGAAUGUGGAACUGCUUUGGAAUUGUAUUUUUUAGGUUAACUAGCUGGCUGUAAUUAAUUACUAUCAGCCAGUGGCGUAUGAUUUGCGCUGGGGGUUUCAUUGUUAGCUAGCUAUCGGGCUAAUUGUGUGAAUUCGAUUGUGAGGAAAGGACCUAGGUUUCUUUGAAAGUAGCUAUGGAUGAUCAGACGCGAAUGCUGGCAGGUCUCGCCGGACUCGGCGGGUUAUCACAAGGCGACGUUGGCGACCCAGACUCUGUUAGAAAACAGCUCGGUCAACCGCAACAAGACAUUGGGGAUAUUCUACAACAGAUCAUGGCCAUCACAGACGAAAGCCUGGACGAGGCGCAGGCCAGAUGCUGGCCAGAGGAGUCGCCGGCGCACUGGGGCGGAUCAGAUGACCCCGCAGAGGGAGGGGAAGCUGGGGGGGGCACGGCAGGGGGUGGCCUGCCGCUCAACUUCCAGCACAGGAAACACGCCCUGAACUGUCACAGAAUGAAGCCCGCCCUCUUCAGCGUUCUGUGUGAGAUCAAAGAGAAGACGGUGCUGAGUAUCCGAGGCAUUCAGGAUGAGGAUCCCCCAGACCCCCAGAUCAUGCGUCUGGACAACAUGCUGCUGGCCGAGGGCGUGUCUGGCCCAGAGAAGGGCGGGGGCUCGGCAGCGGCGGCUGCGGCGGCAGCAGCAGCAGGAGGGUCACCCGGUGCCGACGGAGGCAUCGAACACUCAGACUACAGAGCCAAGCUGGCCCAGAUCAGACAGAUCUACCACUCUGAGCUGGAGAAAUAUGAGCAGGCAUGCAGUGAGUUCACCAACCACGUGAUGAACCUGCUGAGGGAACAGAGUCGCACACGGCCCAUCUCUCCCAAGGAGAUCGAGCGCAUGGUGGCCAUCAUCCACCGCAAGUUCAGCUCCAUCCAGAUGCAGCUCAAACAGAGCACCUGCGAGGCCGUCAUGAUCCUACGCUCCAGAUUCCUCGACGCCAGGCGUAAGAGGCGUAACUUCAACAAGCAGGCUACGGAGGUUCUGAACGAGUACUUCUACUCCCACCUGUCCAAUCCCUACCCCAGUGAGGAGGCUAAAGAAGAGCUGGCCAAGAAGUGUGCCAUCACCGUCUCCCAGGUUUCUAAUUGGUUCGGCAACAAGAGAAUACGGUACAAGAAGAACAUUGGUAAGUUCCAGGAGGAAGCGAACCUCUACGCAGUUAAAACAGCGGUGGAUGCUGCCAGCGUGUCGGCGCAGGCUAGCCAGGCUAACUCUCCGGCGACGCCCAACUCAGGGUCGUCAGGGUCUUACAGCUUGUCUCAUGCUGGCGACGCUGCCGCUGCCUACCUCGGCCUGCACCCCUUGAACCUCAACGGGGCUGGGGAGGCCGUCCUCAACAUCUCUCCCUCUCUGCAGCCCCAGGUGGAUACCCUGCACCGUGUUACACGCCUGACGGCAGGCUAUGAGGAGCUGACCACUAGCGCCCUCUACGCCCCACACCGCCUCGACACUAGCAACAGCUGGCAGGACAACACCCACCCCUCCUGUGUCACUUCUCCACCAGCCCCCCCUGGCAGUGUCCACUCUGACACCUCCAACUGAGACACCCCUCUUCCUCCACCCCAGAGACCUUUCUUUUGGGAUAUGCUCGGACUACCCACUUACACACCCACCCCAUCCUCCUUCCUGCCUACCUCUCCACUACCGGUCCGGACUGGGCAACUCAUGCCAGGCGCUGUGUAUACACACACAUACACACUCUCAAACACACACUUGUGUGGACUGUUAAGAUGGACAAGUGAACAGAAGACAUUUACCUUCCACACUAGAGAAAUUCUGGAGGCUCGUUUUUGUCUUCAUAUUGAAUGAGGAGACUGACUGGCGCCUGAUCAUGACAUCAUAACCCCUCGCUGCCUCCAGGACCUUUGACCUUUGGGGAACUACUAACCCAACCUGGCUGUGUAGGGCAGGUGAUGAUCACUGUCUGUACAUUACCUGUGUAAAUCCUCAUGUCAACUCCACACAGUGUUCACAGCCUGUCCAUUACCUAUCCCUUGUGAGGUUCUGGUGUUGAUUUGUGUGAUAGUGGUCUCACACACACACACACACACACACACACACACACUCUCUGGCGAUACGGAUCACAAGACGAGCUCUGCUCACCUUGCUUGUACCAAAGUGAUGUCCUCUCUCCUCCUUCCCCCAACCUGAUAGUUUUCACCCCCUUCUGUUCCUCUGAGAACCAACUGGUAACACAAAGACACCGCUGUUGUAUCUCUCAUUUUUUGGUAUUGAGCGAGUGCUUUAUAGGUCAGAUAUGCACACACCACCCACUUUUACAACCCCUCGUAUGGAACGUGGACACAGAUCUGUCAAGCACAAACGUUUGCACCUUUUUUACAGGUGCCGUCUACCUGGUGACAGUAGUUCUGGGGAGUUGAGCAUACAGUUGGCCUGAGGGCAGGACUGAAGAUGGAGUGGGGAAAUGAGCGAUCCUCUUUAGUCCUCCAGAGGUCGUUUCUAUUGCGUCCCCCUUCGGUUAGUCAUCAAAAGCGAUCGACUCAUUUGUAGGCAUUUACUUUCCUCUGUCAACUACUUUUAGUUGAUUGUAGCCUUUUUUCUUUCUAAUGUUGUUUCACAAAGAAAUGCACCAGCCACCAAAUAAACAGUUUGUUUAUAGAACUUAAAUGUGGUGUUGGGACGGUGAAAUGGGUGGAAUGAAAUACGUUUUGGGGCAGAGAUGGCUAUUUCAUUGGGGGGACAAAAUGUGACAUGAAAAUUAUUUGUGACCGUCUUCCAAUGCAUGUAGGCUUUUUAGGUGUUCAGUGAUGGCUCUCAUUUAAAUAUUCCAAGUCAUUUAGCUUCUUCACUUUUGUUUUCUCAAAAGACACAGACCAAAAAAGGAGUAAUGCGUUAUGCUGUAUGUACAGAGUUUCUUAGAUGUUUCAAUCGGGAUGGCUUAAUGAACACAGCCCAGCCUUGCCGUAUUCAUUAGGAACGAAACUGGCUGAAGCUGAGGGGAGGGACUUACCUGAAUUUGUCCAACAAGAAAUGCUUUUCUUUUUUUUGUUGCCAUUGCUAAACAUUUUUGCUACGGUACAAAACGUUUCACUUUCGGUGUACACUAAUGAAUAGGACCCUGGGUUUAUACUCCACCAAAUGGUCUCUGGAUCAGAACUCUCCUGGGCCGUGCACCGAAGUGCGUGAAGUCAGACGUUAUGGAGUACAUUCAGCCUUUACAUUUUUUUUUUAUCAGCUAGUCUUUGGUAUAUUUAACAACUGUGGCCUCCCCACUAGCAGGGUAUUGUUCAGUAGGGCGAAAACAUUUUAAAACCGAGUGAUACGGGUAGAUGCUACUACCUGAACUUAUCCAAUAGGAAUGUGUGUAUUUGGUUGCAAACCGUUUUGCUACGAUGUGCCCUACUGAACAGGACUCGGGUGGAAGUCCCCGGUCCAGACAGGGCUUAAACUCUCAUCUACUCAUAAUAAUCUGUCUUGCUCACAGGCCACACUACAACUUUGCAUUGUACCAAAAAUACCAGUUAUCAAGAUGAUUAUAUUUCACACACAAAAGUUGGUGAAUAAAAAGUUCUGUUUUGGGGUAGAGGGAAUUGUAUUUGUACUUGUCUUUUUAUGGUGUUGUCUGGCCUCAUGUCGUUUAAGUUUGGGGUUAUAUAUUGGGGGGGGGGGGGUCUGUUUGUCUGUCACACCAGUGCUAAAGAAUUGAUUGUAUUGUUGCUGUGGAGACGACAGAGCAUCGUUGCCGUAGAGAGCACCUGUUCCAUGGGAAGGCAUGUUGUUUUCUCCCUUUACUCCAUCUCAGAAUCUGCUGGUAAAAAUGGAUCCUAUUGGUUUAGCUCUAUGAUUUGGCCAAUCAGCAAGGGCUUUACUCUGUUAACUGUUACCAAAAAGGUACCACUGGUUUUAUUACCAUAAACAAGGCAGUCUUCAGUUUCUCUGAUUUCAUUUCCUUUUAUUUUCAUUCAGCUUAAAAUUGUUAUUUACAAUCAUACAUCAACUGUUAAGAGUACCGGGCAUUUUGAUAAAGGACAAACUAUAUAUUAAACAGAUAUACAUACAUCGUUACAGAGAACUCUUAUAUUGUAUUACCCAAAUUAGUGUCCUUGUUUACUGUUAUUAUAAACAUUUCAUAUAGCUUAUUAUAUCUUACCACUACUACACCAAAUUAGUCUUGUCUUUUUCUACCAGUCGUAAAUGGAUGUCACUGUACAGAUUGUGGAAUGUUCGUUUCUCUUUUUAUAAACCCUCUGCUUUAUUUUUGGGUGAGUUGCCUGAUUGUUUGGUCUUUAAUGUUCUCCUGAGGUUGGGGUCAAGUUAAUUAUUUUAUUUUUUAAUGAUUAUCUGCAUAUUUUAACUUGGUCUUUUUGUUAAUUGGGGUGAUGGGUAUUGUAUUUUGUUUGGUACUGUGUGAAUUCCAAUUGGAACUUCUGUGAAACCGCAUUUUAGCAAUAACCGCUGAAACAAUGCCAGCGUCAUUGUUGGCCAUCUUGCUAGCAUAUACCGUGAAUGCAUUUAAUCGGCCCUUGCCUCAACUGGGGAACAAAGUCUCUCUCACAUUUUUAGAAAUCCCUUAUCCAUUUAAAACUUAGGCCAUUUUGUCUGGAUUGACCCUAUUUAAAAAAAGUGUUUUCUCCCAGUAUUUUAUACUAACGGUAUAGUUAAACGUAUACAGGUUGAGCCAAUAGUUAGUCACCUACUGUAUGAUUCUACCACAGAAUAUUCUAUCUGCGACCGUAGAUUUCCACAGCACCAAAUCAAACGAUACAUUAAACCCUUUUAAUGUGUCACUUUGUUUUGUUAGUAUCUUUGUAUAUUGCUCCCUCUUCUUCGUCCCCUUGUAUUUUAAAUACCCCCUCUCGUCUCUACCUCUGUCUCUUGUAUAUAAAACCCCACUGUUUCAAGACCUGCGAGUCUGUACGAACUUAUUUUAUACCUCAACUUUAGAAUUGUUCUAGAACGAGUAAAAAGAAUGACAAGUUGUAGUGUUCCUUAUUAGAAGAAAAAAAUGAAUAAAAUAAUUGUGCUUUUCAUUA